AAUUCGUCGCGCGUGGAGUCUGGGAUCGGACGGGCAAGGCCCCCCCACCAGCAGCGCUAUUUGCAUUCUCAAUAUUGUCACAGUCGGUGCUCGGAUGCCCCGUCAACAACAACGCUGCAGCAGUAGUGCAUCAUCAUUGAGUAAGUUGUGAAGACAGCUCCGGACAGAGUAGUGGGUACCAUGGAGGGAGGAGUGUGAUUUUCUUUUCAAAAGAAAAGCUGGGUUGGCUUUCCCGAUCAUCAUCGUUUAUAUUCCCAAUUGGUUCGCUGGAUGAUGGGUUGCGAAUGAGAAUAAAAGGGUAGGCCAACGUCGUGGUCGAGUGGACGGCGGGGUAGUUUUGCUCAAGUGUUUGCCGCAGUAAGUGAACUCGCUAACUAGCGCAGUUGAAGCGUUUGUCGAAACGUGCAACAGAAGUGGUUAUGUACUUUGUGUUUGUUCCGUGUGGUUUACGCCUGGGAGGAGAAGUGCAGGGCCUCGGUUCCGGUGUUUGACGACGGGAGAAAAUAAAAAUUGUUCGGGAAAAAAUCACAGAUUGGCUGCUGCGGGGAAGGAAAAGCCUCCCGGAAAAUAUUGAUUGCAACAAAGUUUUCUUCAUUUCUUCUUAUUGUUGCAACGGUGUGCUUGUUUUGGAACAUUUCCGAGGAUACGAGAAACCUCCACAGAAGUGUGGGAAAAAAUUCCAGCUGUUAGUUUUGUUGUUGACCGUAUACAGGAUUCAAUAUUCGAGUGGUGGGAGUUAAACCACAGAAAAGAGCGGUGGCAGUGCGAGCGAUUAUAUGAGAACUCUCGAUUCGAAACUCGUCGUGGUUUUGUAUUUUGUUGUACUGCUGGAGUGAAACAACUUUUGGGUACUUUGUAACUGGGUUAUUACUACGGAUGAAAUAAAUCGUGAGGAAUGUACGUUGUGAGAUUUGCCUGGAACGGAUUAAAUUGGAUGUAGUUGACAGUGUCUAAUCUGACGAAAUUUGUGACAAUGCGAAAAUAUUGUAAAAGUAAAGUUGAAUAAACAACAGGACAGACUAGAUUCAUCGCGAAAAGGAAAUGCUUCGAUGCUACCAUUACUGAUUGAUGCAAAUAGUAGUAGGAAAAACUAUAGCUUCGGAAUGAAGCAGAGCAGAAGAAACAUCUUGCCAGUUGGAAAAGUGAUAAUUUAACAGUUGCCAUGUUUACGAGUCGACAUGAUAAUAGAUACCAAGAGUAGAUCGUGAUUACAGCAGCCAAUGAAGUGAAAUGGAAACAGAGAAAAAGUUCAUUAUGAAAUGCACUGAAGUGAUGUGGAAAGUUGUGGUAUGAAUAUUAUAAGGUAUCCAGACGGAACAAACAUCAAGUGAACCACAAUCGAGACUUCACUGGAUGGAGUAAUGUAUCUGAUUUACCAGCAAAAAGAACGUCCACAUCAUUUUCCUAUGCCUCCGUCUCCGCUCGGCUCCCUAACUCGAUGAACCCCCUCGCAGGUAUAUCCGAAGGUACGUCAGCAGCAUGGUUCGUAUGGCAGGUUCAAAGCUGUUGGCACGACUGCUACUGCUGAUCUCGUCGGUUACAUUGGUCUCGCUGCUUGCGCUAACUCGUUGCGGUCUCGGCGGUCUAAUAGCCACAGAAAAUGGAUUUUCCAAUGGAGGUGCUGCUGUUGCCGAGCGAAGCGGUGCACCACAAGCGCUUGUUGCCGGCGAUGAAGAAUACGCCGCUGGGCCCAACUCUGGGAUCCGGGAGUCCGCCGCAGCACUAUCUGCGGCAAGUCGUGUUACGAAUGAUGAACAGCAAAAUGGGUAUCUGCAGAUGUUGCAACAACGCGAAGAGGAGAACCUCAAAGAGGUAGCGAAGUUGACGGCCGAGAUCAAGGCGCUCAAGUUGCAGAUCCUACAGCUGAAAAACGCUCAGCCGGCUGAGCUGCUUCCGAAUGGGAAUUUGACCAACGCAGGAACGCUAAACUCGCCCCAAACGCCAACCAUCCAUGAUUGUUCGGCGUUCAUACGACGCCAGGUCGGUUCUGCCGAGAUUCUCCACGGCCUUCCAUUGAACAACGAAUAUGAACUGAUUCCGUUCAAUCACUUCACGUUCAGCCGGGUUUACCCAAUCGAGCUGGGGCUUGGAAAACGAGUCGUGGAAAAGCCUAUAGGGUACAAACGAAGAGAUAUUCUUGGGGCGCUGAAUAAGGCGAUCGAAACGCUUAACCGAAACAUAACUCAAAACAUGAUGAAAUACACGCUGGAUGACUUCACCGAAGGAAUUUACCGAAACGAGCCAACUACGGGGACGCAAUAUGAGCUCUACUUCCGCACGAAGGAAGUCAACAAAAGCCUCUCAUCCAGCGGUCAGCAUCAUGACCACGGUACUCACGGCACGACCAAGCUCAUCGUGAUGAGGCCAUUUGCUCCGCUGCAGACGAUACAGAUGGAGGCUUUUCCGAAACAGCAGGAAAAGGAACUGAUCCAUAUCAUACUGCCUUUGUCCGGGCGAACGACGACGUUCCAGAGCUUCAUGGACAAGUACGUCAAGAUAGCGCUGAAGCACGACAAGCGAGUCCACCUGACGGUGAUUUACUUCGGGGAGGAGGGUUUGUCGGAGGCGAGGUCCAUCAUGAGCCGAGUCAUCGGUAUGAAGAACUCCGGCGGGAAUUCGUCCAACCUGAAGCUGUUGGCGUUGAAUGAAACGUUUUCGAGGGCUAAGGCCCUACGAGUUGGUGCUGAGAAGGUGUGGAGCAGCAAUGUAAAUAAGGAUAAGGACGUGCUGCUGUUCAUGUGUGAUGUAGAUAUAGUAUUUAGCGCUAAAUUCUUAGAUAGAUGCCGAUGGAACACCAAACCAAAUAGAAAGGUUUACUACCCGGUGGUGUUCAGUUUGUAUAAUCCGCAUGUGGUGUACACGCUGCAGGGCAAAGAAGUGCCUCCCGAGACGGAUCAGCUGGUCAUAUCGAAGGAUUCCGGUUUCUGGCGGGAUUUCGGGUACGGCAUGACCUGUCAGUAUCGAUCCGAUUUCCUCAAAGUGCGGGGUUUCGACGAGGAGAUAAUCGGCUGGGGAGGUGAAGACGUCAUGCUGUACCGGAAGUACGUGCGAUCGCACAUCAAAGUAAUUCGGGCAACGGAUCCGGGCAUUUUCCACAUUUGGCAUCCCAAGAUUUGCACGGGUGUGGCCGCAGGGCAGAAGUUGUCGGUUGAUCAGUAUCGGGCUUGCAUUCGGUCCAGGGCGUUGAACGAGGCGUCUCAUGCGCAGUUGGGAUUCCUGGCGUUCCGCGACGAUAUUGUGGCUAAUGAGGGUAAGCUGUUGAGUGGGUUGAAGCUGGAAAGCUCGAGCAAGGUGGGACACAAGACUAGUAAAAGUGGUAGUGGCGGUGGCAAUAAGACGAGCAAGGACUCGGACAAGAAGCUUACAACGACAGAUCACAAUAAGAAGAGCACAUGAUCUUUCAUGAUACAGCAUCAGGAGAGCAUCUGGCGCAUUGAAUUCUAGGUAAGAACAGUUUUGUAGGACCAACAGUUGGGGCUUAGAACCAUAGCGAAAAUAGGUGGCGCUAAGACAUAAGUCAAAAAUCAAAUUCCUGAUGUUUGUAACGAAAAGAGCUAGUCAAAUAGAUCAUGUGAUUUUAUUAAUAAAUUCCUUAUUUGGGAACAGGUUCCCAAAAGAAAUAAAAAACUGUACAUACACCAAAAGUAGGAUAAAAAUAUUUCCCAUUCCUAACCAUUAGGAUUCCAAUUGAAAUCAAGACUUUUUAGAUGAAAUUUAGUAACUAAUCAAAACCAAUCCGAAUGCUCAACAAUUUGAAUAGUAAAAGAUGGACAGUAAAAGGUGACAUACUUACAGCGGUUGGAUGUUAGAUUGGCUCGGCUCAUAAACAAAAAAAGUACAUCGUUUGGGAACUCUAUUUGAAUAUCCUCAACAAGUGGAUGAUGUAAUUCGAAAAAAUAUUUGAAGGCAAUUACAAUUCUUCGGUGGGACUCAAUCCAGCAACCCCAUGUAACUAUAAAGGUGCUUUUGCCUAUGAAGCUACCAUGAACAUUUGUCGACCUUCGCCGCAUGGUUUAUUUGGAUGUUUAAUUGAUUAGAAGCCGAUAAGCUGAGGAGGUGUAGGUGUAGAUGUUUUGUAGCUAACGACAGCACCCGGCUAGGGUAUCUUCAAUUAUUUGUCGAAGCAUAUUUCACAAGUGUUUUGAUUAUACAGUU